AUGCCUCAAUCAACUCUAUCUACCUUAUUCCUCCAUCAGCUCUAUCCAAUCUACCUCCUCUACUCCUCCAUCAACUCUGUCCCCUCUAUGCCGCCACCAACUCCAUCAACUCUAUCUCCUCUACGCCUCCAUCAAGUCUACUCCAUCUUUUCCUUCACCAACUCUAUCUCCUCUAUGCCGCCACCAACUCCAUCAACUCUAUCUCCUCUACGCCUCCAUCAAGUCUACUCCAUCUUUUCCUUCACCAACUCUAUCUCCUCUAUGCCGCCACCAACUCCAUCAACUCUAUCUCCUCUACGCCUCCAUCAAGUCUACUCCAUCUUUUCCUUCACCAACUCUAUCUCCUCUAUGCCGCCACCAACUCCAUCAACUCUAUCUCCUCUACGCCUCCAUCAAGUCUACUCCAUCUUUUCCUUCACCAACUCUAUCCCCUCUAUGCCUCCACCAACUCCAUCCCCUCAAUGCCUCCACCAACUCCAUCCCCUCUAUGCCUCCACCUACUCCAUCCCCUCUAUGCCUCCACCAACUCCAUCCCCUCUAUGCCUCCACCAACUCUAUCUCCUCUAUUCUUCCACCAACUCCAUCCCCUCUAUGCCUCCACCAACUUCAUCCCCUCUAUGCCUCAAACCAACUCCAUCCCCUCUAAGCCUGUACCAACUCCAUCCCAUCUAUGCCUCCACCAACUCCAUCCCCUCAAUGCCUGUGCCAACUCCAUCCCCUCUAUGCCUCCACAAACUCCAUCCCCUCAAUGCCUCCACCAACUCCAUCCCCUCUAUGCCUCCACCAACACUAUCCCCUAAAUGCCUCCACCAACUCCAUCCCCUCUAUGCCUGUACCAACUCCAUCCCAUCUUUGCCUCCACCAACUCCAUCCCCUCUAUGCCUCCACGAACUCCAUCCCCUCUAUGCCUCCACCAACUCCAUCCCCUCUAUGCCUCCACCAACUCCAUCCCCUCAAUGCCUCCACCAACUCCAUCCCCUCUGUGCCUCCAGCAACUCAAUCCUCCCUAUGCCUGUACCAACUCCAUACCCUCUAUGA